AUGGCUAACUGCAACAUGAACUGUGUCAGAGCAACCCUGUUUUUGUUGACCAUUUUCAUCUGUUUUGGCCAUUUCUCAGUCUCUGCCUUUGAGUUCCAAGUAGGUGGAACCAAAGAUUGGGUUGUGCCUCCUACUAAUGACAGCAAAAUCUACAACGACUGGGCCUCCGGAAACCGGUUCCUAGUAGGCGACACCAUCCGUUUUAAGUACAAGAAGGACUCUGUUAUGGAGGUGACAGAGGAAGAGUUCAAGAAAUGCAAUUCAACUCGCCCCAACUUCUUCUCCAACACUGGAAAUACAGUUUACCUGUUUGACCACGCCGGCUCUUUCUAUUUCAUCAGUGGAGCUUCUGGGCACUGCCAGAGAGGACAGCGCAUGAUCGUUAAGGUGAUGUCCUUGGAGGAAUCUCCUUCCAGCGACCGCAGGUCUUCUGGCUCUGGUGCUGCGGUUUUCUCAGUCUUUGUUCAGUUUGUUGUGUCCUACGUUGCUUGUCUUCUCUUCUAG